UGCCCUGCAGCUGAUUUAUAUAGGUACACACAGCGCGGAGUGAGCUUGUAAUUUUUCCGAGACAAUGCGAGUGAAGAGCGUGCCGAGGCAUUUGCCGCGGAAGGACGGCAUCUCCUCGAGGGUAAAAAACGCGGGAGCAGAGCUUUUUACGGACGGCGAGGGGAACAGUGGAGCAAAAAAGUGCCCGGCCCUGCCCGUGAAGACCGUGAAUUUCGCAAAUUACCUAGAGAUGGUUCAGGAAAUGAAUUUGGUUGCCGGUCAACAGAGUUCAAUGGUCCCUGGUGCACUGGCCAAGUCCAGGGAAGGGUCGGUGGAGGAGGUUGCUGUCGACGUUCCAUCCGGAGCAGCCGGGGGCAGUAAGUUCAAGGACACGUACCUCUACCAAAUAAUGACGGAGCCGGGCCUCCUCGACAAGAUAGCCCCGAACAAGAGGCUGCAGCCGGUGGUCGAGGUGCAAGCUGGACCAAUCGAGCAACAGCAGAGCUGCCCGUACUGCAAGCGCAAGUUCGCCACCGAGGGCGAGCUCAAGGGCCACCUGAGCGUCCAGGCGGACGCGUCGAAGCAGUUGUCGUGCUGCGCCUGCGGCAAAGCCUUCGCCCAGCGGCGUUACCUGCGCUACCACCAGCGCUGCCACUCCGAGCGCAACAAGUUCGCCUGCGAGUUUUGCGCGCGGCGUUACUCGCGCCUCGAUAACCUCACGCGCCACAACAUCUUCCACACGAAUCCCAACAAGUUUCCCUGCCUCCACUGCGAGCGCACCUUCGCCCGCAAGGACCUACUCAAGAAGCACCUCAAGUGCCAUGAAAACAAGUACAAGUUCCACUGCGACCUUUGCGGCAGGUACUUCAAGGGCCCCGUGUCGCUCUUCAACCACAUGAGGUCCUACCACGACGUGACUCCGUCAGAGCCUCCAUCGUCGCGCAAGUGCAGGGCCGCGAAAAAUUAA